UAUACUGGAUAAGCGGUGUACACUUUACUCUUGUAUACAUGCAGCACGUCAGAAAGCAGCGUCUCUGUAGCAACGUAUUCCCUGCGCCGCUUCUGUAAACAACAAACAUGGCAUCUGAGAAAGACUUAGUUAGCUGAGAAUCUGGGUGAAGAAAUACAAGUACUGCCAGUGCUUCGGAUAGAGACUUUGAAAAGUUCAUAAAAAGAUGGCUGCAGCUUGCAUCUGAGAUUGGGGAAGAGAGUGGGCCCUAAAGCAAGCAAAUUCUUUCUAAGUGGGUACAGAGGUGAUUAUUUCUCAUUACCUCAUUAUGAGUUGAGGGACCAAGGAACCGUAUGGCUUUCUGGAAAAAUUCUAGCAGUAUUAACAUGAUGGACAAAGGAGAAUUUGAUGCCAUUGAAUCCGAAAUAAACCGCAGCCUGCUAACCAUUCUGAGAGAAACAGACUCUGAGCAACCAGGUGUUAACAAAGGAAUGCUGAGAUGGACGUUACAUAAGAAGGUGCAGGACAGUUCUCUCAGAAGACUGGCUCUGGUGAAGAUGGCCAUCAAGGAACUAGAGAGAGCUGAAAGAUUUGACUGCAAGAAACACCUCAUUCCUUUACUUAAUACACUCAUCUAUACAGUUAUACAGACAGUAUACAUGCCUGAUGACCUCUACAAAAGAGUAUAUGACUUCUGCAAGAGGUUGUUGACAUUGCCUCAGCCUUUCUGCACUGUGGGCCUCAGUUAUGCUGGGCAAAUGAAAUCAGAACGGUUCACUCCAGGUCUUUUAUAUCAGAAAAGGAUAAUUGCAGAACAAAAUCUAAAAAAUGAACAUUAUCCUCAUCAGGAGAGGGUGUUUGUUUUUGCAGAUCCUGCAGUGUUAUCUGAGUCUCUGAGCACUGUUCUGAAGGCUGACAUCGAGGCUCAAGGAAUGUCCCGGAACCCGUUGAGCCUUAUGCGUUGUGUAGUGCAGCAUAGACUUCAAGCAAUGCUGGGAGAGAAGUGUCAUGGACCCUCCCUCACUGAGGCACUGCAGGACUUGGACCAGGAUGUAGAAUCGUACUUCAAUGAAGUACUCUCAACAGUAGAACUGGGCACAGACAGUAGCAGUGGUGAACAGGGUCACAUCAGAAAGAAACUACAACAGUUAUACACUCAGAUCCUCCACAACACUGGCAAAGGUCUAUUGUCCUGCGGCUCAUUGUGCAAUAUUCCACUUCCCAAUCCGGAGAUGAGUUUCCACUUGUGGUGGGAGGAGGAGGAGAUCUGGAGAGAAGUGACCAAGUUUAUCCGAUCCGGAUCUUUCUCAGAUAAUAUUUCUCUCAACCAAGAUGAAUUUUUAAUUGCUGACCUCCCCACAGACCUUAACUCAGAGAUGCCACGGCACUCAGUCAUGUCGACAGACAGUGGUAUCGAGCGUGACAUGCAGGGAGCUGAGAGUUCUGACACAGACUCUAUUGGAGGUAGGAGCUUAAAGCCUGAACUGUCCACUGGACGACUCUCUCGGCGUGGAGGGAUCAAGGUUAAGCCAUCUGUCAUUGACAGCAUGGCUUUGAUGCAGGACGCACUAGAGGAGACGGUCACAGCUGGGACCACUGGCACAUUGCAGAGGAGAGCAGGUAACAGUGGCACCACCUUGCCCAAACAAGAACGUGACUACACCGCUAAAAUAGUAGUGAUGGGGGAUGACCGGGUACUGGGAAGGCUAGCCAGGACAUACUACUGGUUAAGGAAACGAGAAGCCCGAAGACUGUUUCUUACAAUGAAAAUCAACCUUCAGAUGUACUACAUCCCUGUUGGUCGCCAAUCGUCUGCAACAUCCCCUGUAAAAGAGAACUUGUCCUUUGCAAGCAGUAGCCUCUGUACUCUGGGCUCUUAUCUUGGAAUGGUGGAUCCAUGGUACGAAUGCAACAUCUUCAGUCUUGGUCAGAUGAUUCCUGAUCUUGCGAGAAUGUCAAGCAAUAGUAAACAGCAGGAAUCUGACUUUUUCAUAGCUGAUGUCAUCUCUUACUAUGUACGCAUGGGACAGCAGCCAGUGUACUUCAAUAUUUACUACAUUAAGAUUUCCUUUUCCAAUGUGUCCAAGGAAGCAGUGGAAGAAGUUUUUGUCACACACCUUGAAGUGGAUUUCCCAGAGUUUAAAAUGGCCCAAGCAGCACAUAAAGACAGACAGAAGAAGAUGUCUUCAGAGCUGUGUGGGGCUCUGAUCUCCUUUAGCUACUUAAAAGUGUCACUAAGCAAUAGGGAGGUUGAGAAAGGUUUUUCACUCAGAACCACGGGUGCUCAGAUUUCAGCUAUUCCAGUAAACAAAACUGAAGAUCUGAAUUGUCUCACAGUCACUUUCAAUGACACAAAGCCAAAAAGUAUCAUGCAGAACCCAAAGAUCAGAACGUGCAAUUUUAAAUUGAAGACGCCAGACAGAUCAACUUUCACAGUGCGUUUGGACAAAGACUUUCGAAGGACAUUUUGGGGUGUUGUGAGCAUUGAGGUUUCUCCAUGCCGAGACCCUGGAUAUAAUAUUCAAAACUCCAUGAAGUCAAAGUUCAUGGCAGCAGGCUGUGGUGAUGCUGGACUGAGCAAGUACAUGAGCAAAGGAUUGCCUUUGCCCAUCAACACAUUUGCGGGAAUCAUUGACUAAAUGAACAAAAAUCAGGGUGAACUUUCUAUCAUUGUGAGGGACAGUUUUGAACUCUUGCAGUAGGUAAUGUGUAUUGUGAUUUAAACAAUGUAUGGUCAGAUAAGACAUGCCACAGCCAAGCAGGUUUUACUGCAAUUUAUAUUUUCACUUGUGAAUAACAAGUUGAUUGAUUCAGAAAGUAUUGUAACCUGUAAAACAGCAACUAUAACACUAAUACAGUCAUUGCAUUGAAUUUCUUAAGGACUAAAAAAUGUAAUCUUGUUGUCUGGUUUUUAGACUAACAGUCUAUUCUUCCCUUCAUGUGUAAAAGUGCAUAUGGUGUAAUAAGUGGUUACAUGGUCUUGUUACCUUAAAGGGCUAUUUCUACUUGCUCUUACCCUUAAAAAUAACUUUUUUGGUGUAACCAAAUGUAUUCAGGUUGAUUUAGUCAUUACAUAAUAUCUUUUUAGCAUUUUGCCAUCAGAAAAGUGAAGCAACAUUUUAAUUACUGUAUACUGGAGUAGUACUUUUCAGCAGUUAGAGUGCCUGUUGAUAAAUACCACAUGACCAAGUGUUUCAGAGAAACUGACAUUAAUUUACCCCUUGAUUUGCACUUCUUCUUUUUUUUCAUCUUAUCUUUCCAGAAACUAUACAUGUUUACAUUUGGAGCAUUCCAUUUGAAUUACAUGUUUUGUAGCAUAAAAUAAUAUUUGUUCAAAAUUAAAAAACAAUAAGUCUAGUGCUCCAACAAUUCAUGUUGAUGUCUCAGAUGCCAUGUAGACUAGCAAUACAUGAAUACCUGUGUGAAACAAUAUUGUUCAACAUAUGUUUCAACACUCAGAAAAGUGGCAGUGUUUUGAUUUGACUAGCUCAAAUGAUUCUCUCUACAUUCGUUCUACAGUGGUGUUUUGCGGUUCUUUCCCAUUAGUUCUGAGCUGACACCAGCAAUCCCAGCCUUUCAAUUAUCCAUUCCCUUUAAAGGACAAAUAUAUUAUCACAAUGUUAUCAUUGGUUUCUUUGAGGUAUAUGGCAUUAGUACCUGCCUUACUUGGAAAAAUCUUUCUUUGGGUAGUGUUUGCACAAUUAUUGAUUAGAGCCAUUUUUGUAAAUAUUGUAGUUUGAUAUUGUAAAUACAUAUUGGAUACAUAUUUUGUAUUAAUAAAUGUUGCCUUGUCAAUUUCCUAUACUGAAAAACACUACUUUUAGCUUUGCUUCAGGGUCCAGAAUAAUUUACACUUUUUAAGGAAGCAUAAAGAGAGUGGAAACAACACAUUUCUUGAAGGGUUUUUCAUAUUGAGGUAUUGGUUCAACACUUUUAUGAUAGGGUACAAUGGGGCUAAAGGCCCUGUGAGGUAAAAGGCUCCUUUGAUUUGAUUCUUUCCCCAAAAUGCUAAAUAGCAACAAAAACUACCACAGCACUUUCCCAAACACCUGUUUGUCACUGCACUGCAAAAUAUUCUUUAUCAAUGAGAUUUUUGCGUGUGGUGUCUAAAGGUUAUUUGAUCGAAUUUUUUAUAUUUUUUUAAAAUGUUGCAAAUUUAUGAAGCUAAAGAAAAUCCCUGAAACUAACACAUUUAUUUUGAGACAAAAUACUUAUUUAUCAUUUUCAGUUUUGUUUAAAGUCAAUAAAACGAAAGUUUUUUAAUAUCUGUACAACAAGUGAAAGGAUAGAUGGUAUGUGAGACAAAAAGCCCCUCUGUUGCAGGGAUUAAAGACGCCUAUACUUUUAUUGGAUUUUUUUCCUGAAAACUUUUCAAAGUGGGUUCACAUUGACUGAUCCAAUCACAAUUGAGAAUAAUUUGUUUAUAGAUAUUUGAGAUCCUAUAAAAUGCCACAUAUAUUUGAAAUUAACAGGAAACCAUGCACCCUUUUCUGAAGUAGUUAUUUUGAAUAUGUACUGUACCUUUAUUUGUAACUGAAUUUUUUUUUAGCUCUUUUGCUAAAUGAUUUACAUUAGUUGACUAAUUUUGCACUAUAACUAUUGCCCUAUCUACACAAUUUUAAUAAAAGCAACCUUCUGUUAUUCUUUAUUUAUAUAUAUAUAUAUAUUAGAGCUGUCGAUUUAACGUGUUAAUGCAGUGUGAUUAAUUUUAUUAAAAAUAACGCAUUGAAAAAUUAACGCAAUUAAUCGCAAUGCCCCCGGACCAUAAUAAGGAAGAUCCCUGAGAAAUGCAAGCUUAUAGUACCACCUGUUUACUCAAGAGGGCAGUAAGUGAAACUUCAGCUGUAAUGCUAUGCGCAGUUUAUACAGUGAACAAAGCAACCCUUCAGCAGGCAGUACAACACAAACAUAUGUUACAUUCUUGCAUUCAAAACACUUGAUGGAGCGCAAAUUCGAACUAAGGGAUCUCAAGAUGUGUUUAAAAUGAAGUAUUAAACUAUAUUUAACUUGACACAGUGACCUAACAUUUUUAUGUUUAUGACGCAACGUACCCGAGAUGCUACACAGGCAAGUCUGACCCACAUGUACGAUGACGGGUCCUUAAACAAGCCCUCAUAAUAAAUCUGAUUGACAAAUUCACUUGUGAAAUGGAUUGCUGUGAACUGUGUGCCAAUGAUUGACUUAUGAUCAAUAAUA